UGCAUCCCGAUCCUCGGGAAGUGGGUCCCAGCUAUGCGUCCCGACCGCGACGUGUUUUUUGUGGUGAAGGCGUUUGCGGCGGGUGUUAUAUAUAUUGGCGACCGGAUUCAUCCACAUCUUGCCUGAUGCGUUCGAGAACUUGACGUCCCCUUGUCUGAGCGAGAAGCCGUGGGGGGAGUUUCCGUUUACGGGGUUUGUUGCGAUGGUGGCGGCUAUCGGGACGCUGAUGGUGGAUAGUUUGGCGACUGGGUAUUUUAACAGGAGGCAUUUUAAAGUUGAUGAUGGACAAAAGGGGAAGGGGGAUGUUGAUGUGCACGUGUAUGAAGAGCAUGUGCACGUGCACACUCACGCCGGGCAUGGGCACGCUCAUGGGAGUGUUGCUGGUGGUGGUGGAUCGUCGGAGUUGAUCCAGCAUAGGGUUAUUUCUCAGGGCCCCUAAAAUCUCAGAACCAACCCUGGAUGUCUCUGUUGGCUAAGUGAGCCUGAUACAUGUAUUUCAUAGG